AAAAAAAAUGUAGCCUCCACAGACGCAUACCAGAAGCGGUGCGGCCGAAAGAAACGCCAGAAAAUGAAAAUCCUACACUGUUAGGGCUAAAAAUCAUCCAACCUCACAUGUCAGCAGAUGUUGUAACUUAGCUUGUAAAUGUUCGUCGGGGAAGUGUCCAACGUAACACGUGUUCAACGGGAAGUUUCGCGCGCAUGCGCUGAUACUUCCUCGGCAGCAGGUAAACUAAACCACCAUGGCGGCGAGAGGCCAUGUGCAGGACCCCAACGACCGGAGACUCAGACCCAUAUACGACUACCUGGACAAUGGCAACAACAAGAUGGCCGUCCAGCAGGCGGACAAGCUGCUGAAGAAGCACAAAGACUUGCACUGCGCCAAGGUGCUGAAGGCCAUCGGCCUCCAGCGGACGGGCAAGCAGGACGAAGCCUUCACCCUGGCCCAGGAGGUGACCUCGCUGGAGCCCACGGACGACAACUCCUUACAAGCGCUCACCAUCCUCUACAGGGAGAUGCAUCGGCCCGAGUUGGUGACCAAACUGUACGAGGCGGCGGUGAAGAAGGUCCCGCUCAGCGAGGAGUACCACUCUCACCUCUUCAUGGCGUACGCCCGCGUUGGCGAGUACAAGAAGAUGCAGCAGGCGGGGAUGGCCUUGUACAAAAUCGUCCCCAAGAAUCCGUAUUACUUCUGGUCCGUCAUGAGUCUGGUCAUGCAGGCCAUCUCAGCCCAGGAUGAAAAACUAUCCCAAACCAUGUUCCUGCCCCUGGCGGAACGCAUGGUGGAGAAGAUGGUCAAGGAAGACAAAAUUGAAGCGGAGGCAGAGGUUCAGCUCUACUUUAUGAUCCUCGAGCGCCUGGGAAAAUGCGAGGAGGCUCUGGAAGUGAUCAGGGGUCCGCUGGGAGAGAAACUGACCAGCGAGCUUCAGAGUCGAGAGAGCAAGUGCAUGAUGUUGUACCGACGACUUCGGCGCUGGCCCGAGUGCAACGCCCUGGCCCGCAAGCUCCUGCUCAAGAAUCCCGACGAUUGGCAGUUCUACCUGUCCUAUUUCGACUCGCUCUUCCACCUCAUGGAUCAGUCGUGGAGUCCGCCGGCGAAAGGGGAACAGUGCUCGGAGGGCGCCGUGCACCACACGGUGGCGGAGGCGGUGAGGUUCGUGGAAGAGCGCAUCGCCGGCGAGGGCGGCAAAGACGCUCGCUCGCUGCGAGGUCCUUACCUGGCGCGGCUGGAGCUCGUGCGCCGGCUGCGAGAGCGCCGCCUUCCCCAAGAAAGCCAGCUCGGAGAUCCUUUAGAACGGAUGGUGCAGUUUUUCGUCAAGUUUGGCGACAAGCCUUGCUGCGUCACGGACCUCAACAUUUACCUCCACCUGCUCGCCGCGGACCAGCACGUGCAGUUGGUCAAUCGGCUGAGCGAGGCCGCCCCCGCCGGCCCGGCCUUCCCGGACGACACCAAAGCGCUCCAGAGGCAUUUGUGCGUGCGUCAGCUGAGUCGGGCGCUGGGCCUGCAUCACGCCCUCGACGCCGCCGCCAAGCUGAGGCUCAUCGCGGAGCUCAAGGCGCACUACCGGCACGGCCUCAAGUUCGGGACGAACGCUCUGAAAACGGAGCUGCAGUUUUCCGACAUGUAUUGCCUGAUGGCGGCUCACGUCUACAUCGACUUGUGGACAGAAAGCGGCGACGAAGAGAUGGCGUGGCAGAGUCUGGGCCUCCUCCACGAAGGUUUGUCCAACAGCCCGUCCAACGCUCAGUUCAAGCUGCUGCUGCUGCUGCUCUACUGCCGGCUGGGCGCCUUCGAGCCGGUGGUGGACCUCUACGCCAGCCUGGACGCCAAGCACGUCCAGCACGACACCAUCGGCUUCCUCCUGACGCGCUACGCCCAGUCCUUGGGACAAUUCGCCGCCGCGUCACAAGCCUGCAACUUCUCUCUCAGGUUUUUCCACUCCAACCAGAAAGAUACCUCGGAGUACAUCAUCCAGGCGUACAAGUACGGCGCCUUCGAGAAGAUCCCCGAGUUCAUCGCCCUCAGGAACCGACUCAACCAGUCGCUGCACUUCGCGCAGGUCCGCACCGAGAGGAUGCUGCUGGACUUGUUCCUGGAGGCCGACAUCGUGUUGAGUCUGGAGGAGAGUGUGAAGGCCAUGUGUUUGUCCGCAGAGGAGGAUGACAUCCCCUGGGACAACAUGAGGGACAACAGAGACCUGACAGUGUUCACCUGCUGGGACCCCAACGAGCGGAAGUUGAGCGAGGAGCACCGGCGGCGCUCCCUGGAGGAAGAGCGGGCCUGGCUGCGGUUGCGCUCCCUCACGCUGCGCCUCCUCGCUCUGGUGGCGGCGCUCGGGCACAAACCGUCGUCGCAGAACUCCCCGGCGGGCGCCGAGAACGGCGUGGCGGACAAGUCGUCGGCGCUGCGCGGCCUCCUGGCGCAGCUGAGCCAGAACCUGCUGACGGCCGCGCAGCUGGCCGAGAGGCGCACGCAGUACCCCUUCCUGGGACCGCCCGCCAGCCGCCUGGCCGCCGCCCUGUCCAGCGGCGCCUGCCAGUGUCAAGCGGCGGCGCUGCAGCUGUCGCUCCACGUCCACCGACUGGACGCCGUCGGACUCGACGAGUCAUCAGAGCUGCAAACGCAGAUGUGCAACGCCUUCAAGUCGCUGGCCGUUCAGCUUGAAGAAAUGCUGAAUAAGUGCAGAGGAGACCUGCUGGACCUGAAAGAGGGCAAAUUAAAAAUCCGACCGUCCUUAUUAGAAAACCUCGUCUUCUUUGUGGAGACGGUGUGCGUGGUCUUGUGGGUCGCGGGCUACUGCACCAAAGUCCUGCGGCCGCUCAAGUCCAGCCUACAGAAGAAGAAGAAGAAGAAAAAGGACGUAAGCGCAGCUCAGCCGGCGGUGGUGUGCGGCUUCCAGGAACUGACGGCCAACUUGCAGGACCUCCUCGCCCGGGCCCUGGAGCACAUCCGGGGCCAGGAAGUUGGAAUAACGGCGCUGAAAAUGGCCGAUCUGUCUCUGGAAGGAUCCACAGAGGAGGAGUCGUCGUUCACCAGGGCGGCCCUGGACAAGCUGCAGAGCAGCCACCUGCGCUCGCUGCAGGAGGCGGCCGAGCUGCUCAAGAAGCGAGCCGACACUCUGAAGAACCUCAAGAUCUGAACGCCGCCGCGCCAGAUCCUCCCGAAAGCAUUUCCGGAACGCUCUUCUCACCGGCGUACGCGCACCUACGUACGCCUCUCACGCCGUGACGUUCCCGCGCUCAUUUUUAGCCCAACUAGUAAAUUAUUGUACAUAGUAGCUGAGAGUCCAAUAAACCACUAUUUCCGUUGCCC